CCUCAAUGCCCCCUCCUAAGUCCCCACCUCUGGAGGGGACAGGGCUGGCCGGGCGGACUUGGAAAUCCACAGGACAAGGAAACAAGAGAACGGUGGCCAAGUGGGCCCCGGGAAGCCCCCUACUUCAGAGGCAAGGGGUGGGUGGGCUUGGCCCCCUGCCCCCUUCCCACCCAGGAGCUCCCCCUCCACACACUCUCCAUCUGCAGGGGAACUCGGUGCUAAGUGCUGGUGCUUUCAUCUUCCUGGGGGAGGGAGGAGGGAAGGGCGGCCCCUCGGGAAGCCCCUCCCCGGGGCCCUCUGAAAAUGGUGCAGACACUUGCUGGGCAGUCCCACCUCCCCCUGCCCACCAGGACCCACCCCUGGCUGCGGUCCAGUUGGUACCCAAGCAUCAAAAACCUCAGGCUGGAUUCGGUCACACCAUCUCUUGGCCCCUGGGCCCCUUUUCCCCUCACCAAUCACUAUUCCCCAUGUCUGGGGCACCUUCAGAUCAGAAGAACCCCAACAGGAAUAGCCCUCUUUCUCUUGUGGAAUUCAUCCGCCCAUCUGUCCAUCCAUCCUUGUCCUCAGUUGACCGCCUGGCACCACUAGCUGGCCCGGUACCCCCACCGUCAACCUGGUUAACCUGUCAUGGCAGCCUGUGCCCUGCCUUCGUCCCACCACACAUACCCCUACAAAGGGGCCGGGGUGUGAGGGGCUGUGCCAGCUGGGGCGGCAGGAAUCUCCUCCCGAACAUGGGUCCCCCCCACGCAGUACUGUAUCCCCCGUCCCUCCCUCGAGCCACUGUACUUCACAGCAUUUCCCGUCCCUGCCCCGCCCAUCUCUUUGUGUCUCGCUGUGAUAGAUCAAUAAAUAUUUUAUUUUUUGUCCUGGAUAUUUGGGGAUUUUUUUUUUAUUGUUUAUGUUUUCUCUUGGUUUUAUUUUUGUGGUUGAUUGAAAACAAUUUUUUUUUUUCUGAUCUGGGGAGCUAUAUUCCCAGUAGAAAAUUCAUUUUAAUCACUUUGGUAUAACUCUGGAUGAAACACAUUUUUUUUUAAAAUAAGAAAAGAGAAUUAACUGCUUCAAAAAAGACUAAUAAAUAAAAACAUUUUAA